UGUCGCUCACAGAGUUUUGUCUCUUUCGGGCCUCUCUAUAGAUAUAAUGUUUUUGACAUAUUUUUCCAGCGUCGCUCACAGAGUUUUGUCUCCUCCGGGCCUCCGUACAGAUGUAAUGUUUGUAUCAGCUGAUGCUCCCAGUUAGUUUGCCUCUCUAUGAAAACGAGCUAACAGGCUAACGUCUUCUAACGCUGACCAUGACAGAGAGCCGGUCCACACCUGGGCAGAGACACGGUGUCACCGGCCUACGAUAACACCUGUUCCCGGCGGCAACCCUCUCCCUCUCCGUCUCCUGCUCAUUAUCUGUGUCUUUGUACCUUUCGUGAGCAGUCGGCCGGUUAUCUGAGCGACUUUUGCCCUCUUUAUCCCGCCGUUGCGGCUCAUGCUAGCUGGUUAGCCGGCGGAGCUAACUGGCUGCUAUAAAGCGACUGACCGGACCGGACGGACAACAGCGGGAUGUGCGAUGGCAUCGGUCCGGGUGGCUGUCCGGCUCAGGCCCAUGAACAGGCGAGAGAAAGACUUGACUGCAAAAUGCAUCAUCAAGAUGGAAGGAACCAAAACCUCCAUCACCAACCUGAAGAUCCCUGACGGCAUCGCGGGGGAUUCGAUGAGAGAUCGAACGAAGACCUUCACGUACGACUUUUCCUACGACUCUUCGGACUGUAAGAGCUCCAGCUUCGUCUCUCAGGAGAAGGUUUUCAAAGAUUUGGGUAGCGACGUGCUGAAGGCGGCGUUUGAGGGCUACAACGCCUGCGUGUUCGCCUACGGUCAGACCGGCUCGGGGAAGUCUUACACCAUGAUGGGAAAUCCAGGAGAUGCAGGUCUGAUCCCGAGGAUCUGCGAAGGUUUGUUCAGCCGGAUCGCAGAUGCGACUCGAUGGGAUGAAGCUUCCUUUCGCACAGAAGUCAGCUACCUGGAGAUCUACAACGAGAGGGUGAGGGACCUGCUGAGGAGGAAAUCCACUCAGACCUACAACCUGAGAGUCAGGGAGCAUCCGAAAGACGGACCGUAUGUCGAAGAUCUGUCCAAACACCUGGUGCAGAACUACAGCGACGUAGAGGAGCUGAUGGAGGCCGGAAACAUCAACCGCACCACCGCCAGCACCGGCAUGAACGACGUCAGCAGCCGUUCGCACGCCAUCUUCACCAUCAACUUCACACAGGCUAAGUUCGAUGCAGAGAUGCCCAGUGAGACGGUCAGUAAGAUCCACCUGGUCGAUCUGGCCGGCAGCGAGCGAGCCGACGCCACCGGAGCGACCGGCGUCCGACUGAAAGAAGGAGGCAACAUCAACAAGUCACUGGUCACCCUGGGCAACGUCAUCUCCGCUCUAGCUGACAUGACGCAGGACGCGGUGAACACCAAUCUGAAGAAGAAGUCAGUGUUUGUUCCCUACAGAGACUCAGUGUUAACGUGGCUGCUGAAGGACAGUCUGGGCGGCAACUCCAAGACCAUCAUGAUCGCCACCGUUUCCCCCGCUGACGUGAACUACGGCGAGACGCUCAGCACUCUGCGCUACGCCAACCGAGCCAAGAACAUCAUCAACAAGCCCUACAUCAACGAGGACUCCAACGUCAGGCUGAUCAGAGAACUGCGGGCUGAGAUCGCCAGACUGAAAGCUCUGCUGGUUCAGGGCAACCAGAUUGCUCUGCUGGAUUCGCCCACCGCUCUGAGUAUGGAGGAGAAACUGCACCAGAACGAAGCCCGAGUUCUGGAGCUGACGAAAGAGUGGACCAACAAAUGGAACGAGACUCAGAACAUCCUCAAGGAGGAGACUCUUGCUCUGAGGAAAGAAGGGAUCGGUGUGGUGUUGGACUCUGAGCUGCCUCACCUCAUCGGCAUCGACGACGACCUCCUCAGCACCGGCAUCAUCCUUUACCACCUGAAGGAGGGACGGACAUAUGUGGGCAGAGAGGACGCGUCCACAGAGCAGGACAUCAUCCUGCACGGUCUGGACCUGGAGAGUGAACACUGUAUGUUUGAGAACAAGAACGGGACGGUGACUCUGGUGCCGCUCGGCGGAGCUCAGUGUUCAGUUAACGGCGUUCAGGUGACGGAGCCGUCGCAGCUCAACCAAGGUGCUGUUAUUCUGCUCGGCAGAACCAACAUGUUCCGGUUCAACCAUCCGAAGGAGGCGGCCAAGCUGAGAGAGAAACGAAAGAGCGGCCUGCUCUCCUCCUUCAGCCUCUCCAUGACCGAUCUGUCCAAAUCCUGUGAAAACCUCUCCACUGUGAUGCUCUACAACCCCGGUCUCUUCACUGAGAAGGGCCCCGUCUUCCUCAGGUUGGAGUUUGAGAGACAGCAGAGAGAAGAGCUGGAGAAACUGGAGAUGAAAAGGAGGCUGAUCAAGGAGAUGGAGGCGAAGCAGCAGAUUGAGAAGGCGGAGCUGGAGCGCCUCCAGCAGGAGGUGGAGAGCCAGAGGAAGGAGUCUGAGGAGGUGCAUCAGCGGAUCAUGCGCCAGGAGGAAAGCCUCCGUCGCCGCAGCCAAGACAUCGAGAGCCGCCUGCGCGACUUCCUGGCCGAGAAGGAGCGCUUUGAGGAGGAGAGACGCUCUGACAUCCAGGGGAUGGACCUCCCGCAGCAGAAACAGCAGGAGGAGGGCGAAGCAGAGGAGGAACAGGACGAGGAGCUGAGGCGGCAGCAGGAGGCUGCGGAGCAGACGGAGAUCUACCGCGAGCUGGAGAAGCUGAAGAAGGAGCGUGAGGAGCAGAAGGUGCGUCUGGAGACAGAGCGGCGGCGGCUGGAGGAGCAGGAGCGGGAACAGCUGAGCCUGGUGGGGAGGCUGGAGGAGCAGCUGAGGGAGAAACAUGAGGCGGCCACCACCUUGCUAACCCGGGAGGACACCCGCCGCCUAGAGGAGGAGCGCCGAGCGCUGGCCGAGAUCAGAGAGGCGCUCCUGCGUGCCAAAGAGGCUGGACAGCGGCCGGAUGUGGAGGGAGCCGGCGAGGAAGCGAAAUCCGCCCAGACCCGCUACACGGACUUUAAGGCCGCUCAGGUGAAGGAGCUGGGCCAACUGGAGGAGGGGCUCCAACAGCAGAGGGAGCGCCUGGAGAAGGAGGUAGCUGCCGAGCGAGCUACUCUGCUGCUCCUCGGCCAUGGCCUCAAAGAGCACCAACAGCAGCUGAAAGAGACGCAGGAGAAGGGGGCGCAGGACGCUACAACGGUCUGCCAGGAGGAGCAGCUGGUCAAACAGGCGGAGCACAGACUGCAGUUUAAGGAGCGGCAGCUGGCCAGCCUGGCUGACGGCCUCCUCCCAGCGCUGGCCGAGGAGAAGCAGAGAGCCGUGGAGAUGCUGGAGCGCAGCGGCGGAGGCAGCAACGGGAACUGCGACAGUCCGCCGGGACUGGACAACACUCUGUACCAGGUGGAGAAGGAGCUGGAGGACAAAGAGGAGAAGCUGAACCUCCACUGGCACAGCGCUCAGCAGCUCCAACAGCUCCAGGAGACCUACGAGUUCACGGCCAAUGUGGCCCGGCAGGAGGAGAAGGUGAGGAGGAAGGAGAAGGAGAUCCUGGAGUCGAAGGAGAAGCAGCAGAGGGAGGCGAUGGAGCAGGCGGUGGCCCGGCUGGAGAGGAGGCACUCGGCCCUGAGGCGCAGCGUCUCCCUGGAGCCCGACACCGAGGAGCAGAGACACAAGACCUCGGUCCUCAGGAACCAGAGGACGGGCGCCGACCUGGACCAGCAGAGAGUGGAACGAGAGAUCCAGAAGUUAAGGCAAAGGAUCAAUGAAGGGGAAGAAAACUCCAGGACUCACUCCAACAGCAACGACGACAAGACGGGUCACAGCUCACCGGUCAGCCACAUCCAGAGUCUGAACACGCUGCUGCCGCUGUCAGACGACAGGAUAAAUGCAUACAUUGAAGAGGAAGUGCAGCGAAGGUUACGCAAGCUGAAUCUUCUCAACGGCAGCAGCAACAUGGAUCUGUCUCUGUCCUGUGAAUCUCUUAGGGAGGAGGAGGAAGUUAGCGACUGUAGCUCUGUUAGAUUAACAGAUGAGGAUGAUGAAAAGCUGCAAAACAUUAAUCCAAGGAGGUUUAAAUAUGAGAGAGCCUGCGGGUUGUGGCCUAGCUUCCUGCAUGCCCCGGAGUUUGAGGCAAACUCUUCUUCUAACGUCCAGGAAAACACGUCAGAAGAACCAGAGAAAUACCUCUUAAAGAUUCAUGAAGGAGAAAAAGUGGUAUCCACAGCUGAAGUCUCGACUGAAAAAGAGGAAGUGCUUUACAAAGAAGGUGACAGAAAUAAUUGGUGGCGAAAAGAAGUGAAUGCGCAUCCGGGAGUAGUGGGCCAAGCUGUUUCUGAAGUUGAUCAUUGUGACAUUGGACUCAAAGAGUGUGGGUCCGCCUUUUCAAAAAGCAACAAUUUUGAUGAAAACGAGAAUAUCACUGACGAAAGAAGAAACAAUUCUGCCUGGUGUGUUCCUGAUGAUAAAAAGGUUGAAAAUAAAGGGAAAGAGUUGUUUGUGAGUGGAUCCUCUUAUUCUUGCUCCAAGGAAAAGGUCCAACACCAAAAAUGUGACCCUGGGAUAGUGGCGGAGGCAGAGCUUUCCCGUGAUGAAACAACAAAGAUCUCUGUCAAAAGUCACAUCAAUUUUAAACUGAAGUCAAAUGAAUCAGUAAAUGGUCAGCUUAAACAAGAGACAGGAGCUGAUAAAGUUGAAGCCAACAGGAGCAAUGUUUUUGGGUACUUUGCUGGAAAGCUUUCUGAAGCUUACAAAGAUGCGGGUAGAAGGCUACAGGACACACGGGACAUCAUUCAAAAUGUUCGAGUGGAUGAAAUGAAGGUUGUUCUGUCUCAGUAUGUGACUAUGAUGUCCAAAGAGCUGCCACUGUUUCAUAGAAUGCAGCUUAAACCAGAGCCAGAACCCUGCGUCGUUGCAGAAAACAAAGUCAGCUUGGUGAAUUUGGUGAAGGAUUGCACCCCUAGUCCUCCUCAGAAUUGCGACAUGUCUGUGAUCCCAGGCGUCACCAGAUGGCCCGAGGGUUCUGUGUCCUCUCUUAAACACACAAGCCCUGAGGUGUUUCAUCAAAGGCUGGUACAGCUGCCACCAGCUUUGUCUCAGCUACAGUCAUUUUCAUCACAGAAGAUGCUAGAAAAGUUGGAAUCUCUGGAUCCUCAAACGCAAGUUGGAAAACUACUUAGUAUCUUCUGGCUAAAAACUGCUAACAUUAAGCAACCCAUCCCAAAACCUGGGUGCUUGCUUUUGUCAGAAAAGGAGAUAACAGUAGUCUCAGCUGGAACAGAUUCUGAGGACACCUUAGCUAUUUUUCACCGUUUUAAUCUCCCUGAGAUCAUGAAGGUGCAGAUUAGCUUGGCAGGGCAGCACGUCCGCCUAAUUGGCUGCACUGAAGACACCGUCUUGGCAGUCUUCACCCACAGCAAAGAGCUUACCCAGGAGCUCUGCAAGGCUUUACUGAAGGCUCUCGCUCCUGAAAAGUUCUCUGAAGGGACUGAAGGGCACCCAUUGCUCAGUGAUGACCUCAUGGUCCUCUCUCUUGAUUGGACAGCCAGAGUUCCUGACAUCAUCCUGGACAACGGCCUUCACAUCACCUCCAGAUUCAAGCGAGUCCUUGCAGACCUGCUUUACAUUGUCCAUGGGAACAUGGAUGGUCCUAACAAACCUUCCCUGGCUGGUAUCUGUCCCCUCCUUUACACCAGUGUCAAGGUCAAGAACUCCACCCGUGUACAUCAGGACACCAUCUUCCAGUUCCUCCUGACAGACACUCAUGUAGCUCUUCUUCGGGAGGAUGCUGUUUUUCACCCAGUGCCACGGGGCUCCAGCCUGGUCCCAGUCCAGCCCCAGUUUCAGGGACUCGAACUGCGCAAGCGUUCAGACAUCAGAUGCCUGCUAGUGAGGCAGAUCGACAACUGCCUGGUGGUGGAUAUUGUUUUUACGACUCUCAAGCCACAAACUCAAAAAGAAAAGGUGGAGUCCAGCCCAGUGCCACCCGCCUCUGAUCACAGUGAUCAGUGCGAUUCCUGGAAGUUGUGUUUCAGUUGUACCUCAGAAGCUGUGAUCGUGAUUCAUCAUCUCUCUACCUGAGUUUAACACCUAGAGGCGAAAUCACCUGAAUUCAUUAACAGUCUAAUGAUACUUACCAGCUUCCUAAAGUGUUUCACUGUUGUCUUCUUCAAAAUACAUUAUCAGGGAGACACCUUAUUUAUUUUAAGGAUGUGUUAAAUAAGCUAAUAUCACCAUUUGACAGAAAAAAGAGCUCCAAGAUAUUGUCUGAAAAGGUGAUUAAUCAUCGUACCAAAGAAAAAGAGACUUAAAAGAAAAAGGUCUGAAAAUAUUUUUAAACAUUUUUUAAACUUUUCAAUCUGUUAUUCAAAUUUAAAUGUUUGAUUUAGUCAGUUUGCUAUAAAAUCCUAAAGAUUGUCUUUUGAGAUGAGGAAGCACUGGCCAUGUUGUCAUAUGUUAACUAUAAUCUCUUGUAAUUUCUCUGAUUUAUAUGUUUUCAUAAUUAAUGGAAGAAAUGCUAAAUGAAUGUAUUUGUGAAAGUUACACAUCUUUUUCCAUUUACCAUUUUAGUCAUGUUGACAAUUCUUGUUUAUUCUCGUUUGAAUUUUGAUCUUAUAUAUUGAGAACAGUGAGAAUGUGUCACUUAAUUGCACAGAUCAUAAUUUUGCAGUCACACUUUAAUAAAAACUACUGUCAUUUGAUAACUUAAAGAAAAUGGGAAGACUUGUCAUGAUGUGGAACGAUUACACAUGAAAUAUGUUUAGUGUGUACUUGAAGACGUCAUAUUUAAUGUGCCUUAUAAUUUUAUACAGUGAGAAACUGUUAAUAAACAGAAUAAUAAAGAA